CAUCACAUGGUCAGGUGGCGCGAAAGUGCGAUCAUAGUGUGCACCGCUAUCUUUCAUGUCUUUUAACAGUGAACAUACCCCGUGCAGGAUUUGACUGAUAUUUUGCUUGAUUUCUGCCGAAAUUCCUGCAUUUUUCGGAAAUGGAUGUCGCUGACCAGAGAACAGGCGUUGCUCAAGUGAAGGACGCAGUUGCCGAGAAAUGCCAGAAGUUAUUUCAGGACUUUUUAGAAGAAUUUACUGUGGAUGGCGAGCUGAAGUAUCAACAAGGAGUGGAGGAGUUGAUCCGUCCAGAGAGGAACACACUGACCGUGAGCUUUGACGACAUCCAGCACUACAACCAACAGCUGGCAACCACAAUCCAGGAGGAAUAUUACCGAGUCUACCCCUACCUCUGUACAGCUGUCAGGAACUUUGCGCGAGACCGCAGCCAGAUUCCCCCAUCCAAGGAGUUCUACGUCGCCUUCGAAGAUGUACCAACGAGACACAAAGUGCGAGAGCUGAGCACAGCCAAGAUCGGCACCAUCAUACGCAUCAGUGGUCAGGUUGUCCGGACCCACCCUGUCCAUCCGGAGUUGGUCAGCGGGACAUUUGUCUGUCUGGACUGCCAAACGGUCAUCAAAGAUGUUGAGCAGCAGUUCAAAUACACACAGCCGACAAUCUGUCGUAAUCCUGCCUGCUUCAACCGGAACCGCUUCAUGCUGGACACCAACAAGUCGCGUUUUGUGGACUUCCAGAAAGUGCGCAUUCAGGAAACGCAAGCCGAGCUUCCGAGGGGUAGCAUCCCAAGAAGCGUUGAGAUCAUUCUGCGGGCCGAGGCUGUAGAACUGCCCCAGGCGGGGGACAAGUGUGACUUCACCGGUACCCUGAUAGUAGUUCCCGACGUGUCUCAGUUGUCAGUCCCAGGAGCACAGCAGGAGUCCUCUACCAGGAGCAAAGGAGGGGAGGGUUACAACCACGAGGGGGUCCGAGGUCUCAAGGCGCUGGGCGUCCGAGAUCUGUCUUACAGACUUGCCUUCCUCGCUUGUAAUGUCACACCAUCCAACCCAAGGUUUGGGGGCAAAGACAUGCGAGGGGAUGAGUUGACAGCGGAAGCCAUCAAGAAGCAGAUGACGGACCAGGAGUGGCAGAAGGUGUACGAGAUGAGCCAGGACAAGAACUUGUACCACAACAUCAUCACCAGCCUCUUCCCCACUAUACACGGCAAUGAUGAGAUCAAGCGAGGUAUCUUGCUGAUGUUGUUCGGGGGCGUGCCCAAGACCACGAUGGAAGGGACGAGUCUACGAGGAGACAUCAAUGUCUGCAUUGUGGGUGACCCCAGCACGGCCAAGAGCCAGUUUCUGAAGGCUGUGGAGGAUUUCAGCCCCCGCGCUGUGUACACCAGCGGCAAAGCCAGCACUGCUGCUGGUCUGACCGCGGCUGUGGUCAAGGACGAGGAGUCCCAUGAGUUUGUCAUCGAAGCGGGUGCCCUCAUGCUUGCAGACAAUGGCGUGUGUUGCAUCGACGAGUUCGACAAGAUGGACGUGAAGGACCAGGUGGCCAUUCAUGAAGCCAUGGAGCAGCAGACAAUCUCCAUCACCAAGGCGGGAGUCAGAGCAACACUGAAUGCCCGUACCUCGAUCCUAGCUGCAGCCAACCCCAUCGGCGGUCGGUAUGACCGGACAAAACCGCUCAAGCAGAACAUCAACCUGACUGCCCCAAUCAUGUCCAGAUUCGAUCUUUUCUUCAUUCUCAUUGACGAGUGCAAUGAGGUGACAGACUACGCCAUCGCUCGCCGGAUUGUCGAUCUCCACGCUAGGAACAAGGAGUCAGUCGAGAGAGUCUACUGUGUAGAGGAUAUCCAGCGAUACCUGAUGUUUGCCAGGCAAUUCAAGCCCAAGAUCACAAAGGAAUCGCAGGAUUUCAUGGUGGAGGAGUACCGCCGUCUGCGCCAGCGCGAUUCGUCCGGGGGCACCAUGUCAUCAUGGCGCAUCACCGUCAGGCAGCUAGAGAGCAUGAUCCGCCUAUCGGAGGCCAUGGCCAGGCUUCACUGCCAGGAUGAGGUCCAACCUAAGCACGUCAAGGAGGCUUUCCGUCUCCUCAACAAGUCCAUCAUUCGCGUGGAACAACCUGUUAUCAACUUUGAGGAAGAGGAGGAUAUGGAACCAGAACUUGAACCAGAGGACAAGGACAAUGCCAUGGAAACAGACACCCCAGCAACGCCUGUCAAGGAGCCGGAACAGCCCCCAGCCAAGAAGAAGAGUCUGCAGGUGUCCUUUGCCGAGUACAAGACCACCGCCAAGAUGCUGGCCACGUUUGUCAGACAGCAGGAAGAGAAAGAAGAGGAAGGGUUUGAGGGGGUGCAUCGGAGCGAACUGGUCAACUGGUACCUCCACUUGAAGGAGUCCCGAGGGGAGAUUGAGACAGAGGCAGAACUCAUCGAGAGCAAGCAGAAAGUGGAUAAGAUCAUCGACAGAUUGAUCAAGACGGACAACAUCUUGAUAGAACUGGCCAAGACGGGGCUGAAGGUGCGCAAAGGUGACAAAGAGCCGGAGGGCAUCGUGGAGGAGCCAGACCCCCUGCUGGUGGUGCAUCCCAACUUCGACAUUGAAGACUGAAACCAGAAACCAAUCGUCUCGUUUCACGUUUGUAGAGUUCACAGGACUCUCUGUGUAUUACCCGUCGGCACAUCUACUCCUUUGAUGUACAUUGUAUAUAUUCACUGACAAAUUCUGAAAAAUCAUAGAGUGCUCAGAUGUUGGUUCCGGGCAGUGCAGAGGGUAACAGGCUGGGACAGUUUUGGACAGUCUUAGUCUAGAGUAACUAAUAGGCUAAAUUCAAGUUGGAACUGACGUGGGGCCAGCCGGUCUUUAAUCCAUCUUUGCCAACCAGUUCCUCCAUAAACCUAACCCUCCCACAUCCUUAAAAAGUCUAGCAAGAGGUUUAAGAGGGCUUUUGAGGACCGAGGCUGGUUGACCCAGAGGAAGAUAUCGGACGAUCUCAGAGGGUUCAUGGCAAAAAUGUCUAUGCAGUUCAGGGUUAGUAAAUAUGCAGAGGGUCAUCAAAUUUGGGCUGCAAACCGCCAUUAUUUCUUUUCAGUUUGACUUGAGCGAACAGGGAAAUUUACCAAAUCAAUGAGGGCCCAGCCAACAUUGUACAUGGUACAUUCUUAGUAAUCAAGGAUUGGCAGUUGAUGUUUGCAACCGUGGGCUUUUUGUAAAUGUUGUGUGCUGGUGAUUUUUUCCCAGAAACCAUUGAUCAACCCAAUUUCUCUACCGAAGUGUGUUUGGAAGAGCAGAGUAGAAAAUUGUGGAUUACCUCUUUGAGAAAUAUUCAAAAGCCAAGUUUAUGAAAAGAUUUUAAAUACGUAUUUCUGCUCAACAUAGCCUCAGAUAUCCGAGCAGCAUUUUCAGACGGAAAUGACGUGCAAAUGGCUGUGAUGGUUCUUGUAAGCAGUUUUUAUGCUCAGAGGAAAAAACAAAUAUUUCUAUUCUCUUGAGUAGUUUUUUGAUACGGGCGAAAGUUUAGAGCAAAAGAGUGCUGGAUUAUAUGUGAUGUACUUACUUUGCCCUGGAAUUUUUUGUGGCAGAAUGUUUGGAUCUCAACCUUAUGCCAUAAGCCUGCUAAAUCCAGCUGACCUGUUGUCAUAAGGCAAACAUCGGCUGUGAACCAGUCAAAAUAAACAUACAAUACAUAACAUUUUUGCCGGUAACCUGCAUUUGCUAAACAAUUAGUUUCUUCAUUUGGAAAAUUUUCUGCACUUGAUAGCUAUAUGUUAGUCCCAGCUGGAGUGGAAAAAAAAGAGAAUUCAACCGAAAUGUUCAGUGCCAAGAGUUAUGUAUUGAGUCGGGCAGUGGUUUUUUUUCCAUGUUUCUCCUGUACAUGUAAAGGCAUGCUCCAGAACAAUGCACACAGACGACACACACCAAAACUUCGUCUAUGAAAUCCUGCGUUUUUGUUCGUUUAAAAUGUAGAGCUCACCUCACUUUAAAAAAAAAAAAACUGGUAUUAUGACCCAUUUAGGGGAAGAAAAACAUGAACCAAGUUUCUUGAACGUUUGACGAAAGAUUUAUUAUAGAUUAUAUUCCUUCACCUGUUAUAGGCCUGUGGAUUUGCUGAAGUGUAGAUAACAUUGAAUUGUACCGUUAUACUCUUGAUCUGAAAAUCAGCUUGGUUUGGCUAUUUGGUAGGAAAUCAAAAAUGUAUAUUAAACUGUUCUGGUCAAAUUGUA